AUGCUGGUAAUUUUACAAACAGCAAAACUAUUUUCCAGUCGGGUUCCAUCAUUUAUUGGCGCUCAAGUUUCUCGUUUUAUUUCAUACUUGUACUAUCAAAUUGAAAAGGAUGAGUUGAAAUUUGAAGGUCGAACUUUAGAUUACCCGUCGUCUACCCAAUUUUCCGUUCAACUAUUGAUGCUGAAGAAGGAUUGGGGAAAAUUGGUUGUUAUACCGAAUAGAUACUGCAGCUCUACUACGAAAAGCUGA